UAUGAAUAGGAAAAAUUUGAUUCUAAAUUUUUCAUCAUCUUUUUAUCAAUCAGAUUUAAUUAACUUCUCGUUCUCAUGCAGUUAAUUUAUUGUAAAUUUUAAUUGCGAGUGAAGGCCAACAAUGUCUACGAUUUUAUCGACUAAAAUAAUGAGGAAAAUUGAUCCCAAUCUAAUUCCAGAAAAGGUUGUUGGUAUUGUUAACCAAAAACCCGAAGGAAUUUUGAUUAAGAUGAAAUGGAAGAAUAAAGAAGAUCGUGAUUAUAUUCCAUCGUCGAUUGCUAACAAAAAAUGGCCUCAACUUGUGAUUAGAUACUAUGAGCAGAGAAUCCGUUGGACAGAAGUCUGGUAAUUAUUUGUGAUCAAAGUUCGAAAAUGUUUAUGUACAAAAUUCAGAUCAUUAAAUUGUCAUCAUUUUCUCGCAAUCAAAUCAACUAAAUGAAUCAAAUCAUCAUGAAUCUUAAUCACUUGAUUAUCUAUUGUGAUUAUUACAUUCCUCUUGUGUGCAAUUCCUCUUUAAGUUAAGUGUCCAUUUGGAUGAUAUCGAAUCGUCAACUGCCGUUUAUCAUGAUGAUGUUGAUCCAAGUGAACCAACGUCCAGUAUUGGGUCAUCGUCGACCACAAACCAUUAUUAUUAUCCAGGUUCAUCGACCACUACUCCCAAUUAUGUGAAUAGUGAUUCUGGUGAUUCAAUCAAAUCAAAUGGUGGGAAUAAUUCCAGUGGGUCAUCAUCAUCAUCAAGAAUCAACACCAAUCGACAGUGAAUUGAUUACAGUUUUAGGUUCAACUACUGAGAAUCCAUUUACACCAAUGACCAUCACAAGCACAACCACCAACACACCAAAAGCAUCAUUAUCAUCAUCACCUUCAUAUUCAUUACCUGAUUGGCCUCACAGAGGAGAUGGACUAUCAUCAGCUGAUAAACAUGAUUAAGCUUGGUUAUACACCACAAUCAAAUAUGAAAUAUCCAUAUGAUUAUGAGAAUACAAAGAUUUAUAUUAACCAUGGCGGCUCAGAUCCAGGGCGACCUUAUUUGGGUGAAGCGGCUUAUAAUCCAAAUGGAUACGGUACCGAUUCGGGUAAUGUUGAUUCAGAUUAUGGAUUUGAACCGCUUGGUUCUGGUCCAAGGCCUUAUGGUCACUUUCCAACAUCAUCAUCUUCAUCAUCAUCUUCAUCAUCAACAGAUGAAGAAGAUUUGAAUCGAGGAAAUUCACAUGAUGUCCAAGAAACGAGUAAAAAACCUUCGUUUGCUGAUCCACCGAAUGAGGUUGAACAUUCAUACAAAACUUCAUCUUCUUCGUCUAAGUCGAACGUUGAUUUAGCCACUGUUUCCACAGAAUCGAUUCCAGAUAUCGCAAUUUCAAAUGGUUCACCAAUUUCUCGAGGUUAUUCAUCACCAAUGCCCGAUAUUCAUGAAGACUCAAAUCGAGAUAAUUCAAAUUCUGGUGGUUUCAAGCCUUUUUUCUUGGAUAAAAAUUCACCAGCAGGAGGACCAAGAAAAUAUUCAACAGUCGCUCCUCCAAUUCUUGAAAUUGAAGCUGCUGAUAAUUCAGGAAAAAUGCUCAAAGAUUAACACCAUUGACAUCUAGUGCCUACUAUUCACGUCCAUUGACCACAACAAUGGACAAAGAUGCUUAUAGCAAUAAGGUUAUC